AUGGCGGUGGCGGCGGCUGGAAUGCCGGCUACGGAAAUAGAAGCUUAUGAAGGUGACACUAGGCUCCACUUCAAUGUGGAGUCUGACUUUCCAAGGUUUCUUGACCAGACCAGAUUUGACCAGAUUUCUCAGACGAAAGUGGAUGAGGAAAUUGUGGAGCAGCAUAUUGUCAUUGUCGAUCAAACGGUGCGUUUGCUUCGUAUACCCAGGUAUACCCUGAGACAGCAGUUCGAAUAUUAAUGCCUAUGACAAAGAAACCUUAGAUAAUCUCUCAUCAGCGUUCAGUGAUGUCGAUCAGCCCUGCAGCAAUGUUUAGCCAGAGCAGCCGUGUCUCCCACCACAACUGUAUGGGUAUGAGCCAGAGGGUCCCUCUCCUUCAGAACAAGAUAACAACGUUGUUGUCGAACCAAUUGUUAAGAUAAAAGGCAUUCAAUAGAGUGCUAUGUGUUGGAUGUUGUUGACCCUCUAACACAGUCCACUCAACUGGGUAUCGAUCUUUAUAUUCAAGCCCUAGACCUGGUCAGGGAUAGAAUGGAAUGAUAGAUAGAUCUCCCUGGAACAGAAAAUUACUACCCAGAGGUGAGGAGGACAGGUUCCUAUGUAUGUAAAAGUGAUCAGGAUGCUUGUGGAAAAAUUAAAAAUACACCCCUAAAAAAAACCAAUGUGGGCAGAGCUCGGGCUUUAUUUGACCCCUAGGAAGAUGCUCAUAUUUUGACAAAGUAAAAGUUAGACAAGUCUGAAGAAAGGCAGGUGCAUCUUCAAUUGUUUAAAUUAUUACUAACAAUAUAAUAGGACUCAAAGAUAAUGCUUGUUUAGAGUAUCUGGGGUUUCCAGAGCCCACCAAAGAUCAUUUCUCAUUAAUUUCUUAAACAUUUUUAAAAUUUCUUUUGUUUUUUUCUUUAUGAAGUAAUGGGUUUUUUAAUUGCUUUGAAGAAAUAUUCACUGUAGGACUUUCCCAAGGCUACUGAUAUGCUUUUGAGCGUACUGUUAACUGCCGCUUAUAAAUUCCCCCAGUUAUUAAGGCCCAUCUAUCUGUAUACAGAGCUAUUUCAAAAUAUGUAACACUGAAGAUGACGGAUGUACCGUCGAAACAUGUCUGGUAAAUUAAAGAAAGUUGUUAUGUUUAUGCGCCUAUUUAUUAUGAAGUUUUGAAGCUUAUUUAAAAACCAAUAAAUGCAAAACGUACAGUGAACGUAUACUGAUAAGCACUGCUAAUUUUCUUGUUUCGAAGCGCUUUUACUAUAGUCACCAGUUAUAACCCCCUCGUAUAAAAUUCUAAAACCCCUAACGAAGAUUUAUAAGACAAGGAAUAUAAGCGGCAGUUUACGGUAGGUUUGAAAGAUCAGUUUUAAAGGUACAUGGUAGUCCAUCCUUAAACUCAUGCUUUUAUGCAGCCUCGUACCCAGGCCAGUUCGCGCUAUCCGAGUUAUAAGAGGAAGCUUGGAACCGAGCGCGAUAUGCAGAACAGUUUUAAGGUUAUUCUACUUCCCAUAAGUUAAGAACAUCCCCAUUUUAAGGUAUACAUGCCAUUGUAUAAUAAACCUAUAUGCUAUAGUGCAGAACAGUUCAAAGUUACAAGUUAAGAACAUCCAUAUAGAUGCCACUCCUGAAUCAAAUUAUCAUGCGGAACCAGAUGCAGAAUUGUUCGAAGGUUAUAUUAUUGUGCAAAAGUUUAGAACAUCCGUUUUAAAUUAUACGUGCCGGCCGUGUUUAAUCAGAUAAUAAAAGGCCUAUAGCUAUGAUGCAGAACAGUUCGAAGGAAGUUUUAUUGUGCUUCAGUUUAGAACAUCCGUUUAAACUAUACAUGCCACUAUAUGAUAAAUAAUUGUAUAAACACCGAAGAAAUACCAGGUGAGCUUUCGCGCUCUCUCUUAGUUUCUUAAAGCGUGAAAAUAACAUGCUACCUCAACACUUGAAAGAUCACCUUUUCUACGGCUACUAAUAAAUCGCGUCUUUAGCGAGAAAAAAAUUAGCUGUGAUAUGUCACUGAUGGUUAUAUAACAAAUAAAACAUUACAUUGCCACUAGCGCUUAGAGAUUUGGAAUUUCUCUUCUCGGGGUGAAAAAUAUUUUUACUUAAAUCUAGAAGACAAAUUUCGUAUCUCUCUGCGGCCAUGUGUAAUAUCCUCUUCUCAAAACCUUGUAUGCCAUGACGCAGAACGGAUACGCUAUUGGGCAUACGUUUGAACAUCCGCUCUAAAUUAUACUUGCCACUGCAUAAUAAACUUGUAUGAUAUGGUACAUAAAUUUAUAACAUCCCUAUAGAUGCCACUCCAAAAUCAUACUAUGAUGUAGAGCAGUUAUGCUAUUGUGCAAAAGUUUAGAACAUCCGUCACGUUUCACUAGAGGCCCCACUAAAAGGCCCCGUCUAAACCAAUCUGGGCGGCGGAAACCGCACACUUUUAAUUGUAAUUUAAAUUGAAUUCGAAAAUAACUAGUUUCAAUCAUCUUCACGAAUUUCACUGGUGGUAAAUAUGUAACAAAUAAAACAUUACAUUGCCACUAGCGCUUAGAGAUUUGAAAUUUCUCUUGUCGGGGUGAAAAAAAUUUUCACUGAAAUCUAGAAGACAAAUUUCGUAUUUCUCUGCGGCCUUGUAUGCCAUGAUGCAGAACGGAUAUGCUAUUGGGCAUACGUUUUGAACAUCCGUUCUAAAUUUUACCUGCCUCUGUAUGAUAUGGAACAUCCCUACAGAUGCCACUCCAAAAUCAUGCUAUGCAAAAGUUUAGAACAGUCACGUUUCACUAGAGGCCCCACUAGCCAAUCUGGGCGGCGGAAACCGCACACUUUUAAUUGUAAUUAAAAUUGAAUUCGAAAAUAACUAGUUUCAAUCAUCUUCACGAAUUCGCAAAUCUGUUAGAUCAAAAAUAAUAAAACUAAAAAAACACUUUGGACAGCGGCUUAAACUAGAUGCGGUUUCGGUGACGUGAGCGGAGUCACUGACUUCGUGUGGGAAGAAGGCCCAUUCGUGUAAAAAUAUCCGUCUCUAAAAAUAUCCGUAAUCAUGUUGGCGGGGCUAAGAUGCAGAACGGUAGUCUAUGAAACUUAAUUGAAGUUCUACUUCAUUUGACUUUUUGUGAUGUUAAUCAUGUUCUAGGAAGUCGACUCGGCUUAAACAAGAUAAAUAGGACGGAGAAAACUUGAUAUAACUCAGUUUGUUCGUGCUAUUGGCACCACCAGCAUUUUGGAUUGAUUAUUACACACCGCGUCCUGAAAAGUUAUUUGAGGUAAGUAGGUUUCGAGUAAAAGAAGCAGCUCCGAACCAUGUCUAUAGCUGUUUAAGUCGUGCAAAUCAGGAAUUCUCAGCUUUUAUCUAUAAAUUUUAUAUUACCUUUGUCGACCACGGCUUGCCAGUUGUUUAGCAUUGCUCUUCAUGUUGCUGGCGUUAGAGACAGAAAAAAGGUGCACAGAUAAACAUACAGAAGAGAUGCCGUAAAAAUUAAUGUUUUUAAUAGGCUCCGUUUUAACACAUGCGCACUGACUAUGAAAAAAAAUUUUUCAUGAUGUUUCCAGUUUUAACGCAAUAGCUACAAAGCUUUGAGAACUACAAAGCACUGUUACGUUUUCCGGUUAUUUCCCCCGCUUCCCAUUCUUUUAAAACUCUCGUCUUCCGCCUUCUACUUCCACUUCCCUUGUCUUUCCCCACGAAUAAGUGAUAGCGGGAAUUACAGAUCUCAGCACAUUAAGAGGCAUAGUUCCAUGCACCUCUACGAACUGAACCGACAGUGUUAAAGAGCACUUUUCAGGAAUUUUAGUUUAGACUUGAAUUUAUCAAUAAUUCUUAUUGGCGGUGAAAGAGAAGAAUCAAAACGCAAUUUUCUUUUAAAACGCCUGUUGAAAGAUAUUCACGUCGCAUCACUGCAUUCAGUUCCCUGAGGCAAUACUUGUUUUUCAAGUCGUCUUUAAAAUCAAUCAAAAAAUCAGAUAGCAUGAAUCUUAAGUUCACCGUCCGUUUCAUUCUCUAAUCACUUUUCACAGGGGUAAUAUCUAACAGCUGUCAAGAUCAUGAAGUUCUUGGUUAUGAUUGUCGCGUUGGUUUGUGCCAACUUGUAUUUCUGCCAAGCAGGCAAAACUCCAGGACGUUAUGUAAGAUGAUCUGUCCUUUUUUGUUUUCAACUUUCUACAUCACUUACUUUGAAAAGGGCUAAAAUAGUUAAAGAUCGUUUGGUUUACACUGCUUAAUGUCUAACGGCAAGUCAGUUGUAGAGAGUUGAGAAAAAUUUUGCUGUACAUCGUACAAGGGUGGGUGAUUUAACCUUUGAAGUCUUGUAGGGGACACUUCGUGUCCUAUUGUUUUUCCACCUUGUAUACAUAAUUGCUACUAGUACUUAUUCAACAAUAAUCGUACUAUCCUUUUCUUCUUAACAGACAAUUUGCACCGAUUCUAAGAAAACAAUCAACAUCAACGUUCGCGACAACGGAUGUCAAGAGGUAACACGUACAAUAUAAUAUAUAGAUUUAGCCAGGGCUAUAAAAGGCGAAGCUCUCAUUAAUAAAUUUAUAAUUUAAGUCAAACAAUAAACGUGUAAUUAACAAAUCAGUUAACUUAAGGGCACAUUCAUGUGACUUAUAAAGGAAACUACUAUUGUAAGUGAUUUUGGAGUGAAACAUCUUACAUCGAGUUGAUAGCCUUAUUCCCACCCCAAAAAAUUGCUAUAAUCUUUGAUCACAUUCAAGAGCCAUAUUAUGGCUCUUGAUCACAGUAGUUUAGGCCUGGAAAACAAAUCAGGCCGAUUUUUUUGCGUUCGACAAGUUUACUUUACAAAAUCUUGCCAACAAAUCUGGGGCUGUGUGAACCAACCUUAAAGUUUAUACUCGGACAGAAUGCAGUAUUUCACAAUUUUUCAAGACAAAUUUCACUCAGUCAAUAUUCAGGGCGUUCAAUCGUGGGCUUUUAGCGAAGCCGUUCAAAAAAUUUCCAAAAUCAACAAUACGGCCGGCGGGCUCUCACUUUUGACAAGCGCCAAAUUAGCGACCUGUGGUCCAGUGUUUGAAUGAACAUUAAUAAAAUUACCCUUCAACAUAAUAAAGAAUUUAUUAAGUUUAUUUUUUUAUUUAUUGGUUUUAUAACGAUGUAUAAUCUUAAAAAGCGUUUGAUAGGUGCGGAUUUUGAGUACUCCUGCAAGCGAUGUUCAUGAACGAUUGAAAACAAACAGCACAGCGAUUAAAAUUGCACGAGAGACUACUAACAUGAACAAUCAAUAAAAGAAAUCAUAUAUAAUUCGGUGAAACAUUUACAGAAAUCGCUCAAAGUUUUGGUUCUACAGCCGAAUUUAUAACUAAAUAUUUUUCGGAACGUUUUCUUUCUAUUCACGGGCGAGAAAAUAUAUCCAAAGGCUUUUUAAAGUUCUGUAAGCUCAGUUAAUUAUAUCAAACCUGAUGCUAGGUAAGAUCAUUGUCUCAAAUCUUACAAACUUGCAUAAACUUGCCGCAUAAACUGUGCUCGACUUCAUGAAAUUAGAUAUAAAAAAGACAGACAGAUCAAAUACAAUAAUUACUCAGGCUUAAGUAAGGCCAGAGUCGCUUGACUUUUAAACACUCAAGAUUAUGCAUCAAGCAAUGUGAAAAACGAAAACGAUGCCACCCAAAAUCGGAUUUCCAACUUUGACAAGCGACGCAUUUCUCAACCAAAAACCCAAAAAACAAAAAACAUGAAUAACAGAAGACUCUUGAUAGCAGCUGUAGCUCAUUUUGUACAUCCAGUGGAAAAAGACAGUUAAAAACAUCACAAGUUGACACAAAACUCGGCGUUGAAACAAGUUUCAAGAUGCUGCAUAAACAUGAACUCACUUGUCAAAUUUUGACCAAUCAGUGCAUAAAAAUGAGACGUAGAGCGUAACCAUGGUAAGAAAAGGUCUCCCACGCCUGUAAUUUUAAAUAACUGGCUGAAUUUUCGCGUCCGAGGUCAGUUUGAAAACAAAAUCUUAAUAGUGCGGGACCAUGGUUACAUUAACACAAUACAUUUCAGUUGAAUUUUUAAAAAAAUCAACUUGAACCAGCGAUUAUUUGAAAACUAGUAACUUGUCAGUGGAUAAAUUAUUAGGAUUUGGACAAAACGCGCGUGAAAUUAUUCCCUAAUUUCACUCGUCACCAUUUGAUCACACAUACUAAGGAAACGCGCGGGAGCCUUAACUUGUUUUCAAACAGGUUUUACCUGUUCAAAAGUAAUUUAUUUGUCCAUCAGGAUGGACGGUGGCUCGAUAAAGAAGCAAACGGCUGCUCGCAGUGGUUUCUCUUUCUCUUUUGUAGCAAGGCGUCCGGCCUAGAGAAACCACUGCUCCCAGGGUAAUAAAACAUUAUGAUAGUGAUUUUUUUCAACAGAUUAAAUUGAACAGUUUUUCAGGAUUUCAGCUCUCUCAAGUAUUGCCUAAGGCUAAUUAAACACACCACUCAUACUUGUUCUUUGUUUUACUUUAUUACAGGAUACAGACAAGCCAUCUGCUCAAAUCGAAGCUUUGCCGUUGCAAGUUGUGACCUAUCAUGCCGGUCAAAGUAAAUUCAAACUUUCUUACCACACCCAGGCUCCCAUCCCCAUAUAGUCAAUGUACCAUCAUUAGUUGCAUAAUAUGAGUAUCCACUAAUUUAAAAGUUCGGGAAUAAUAUAAACUGAGUUAUAACACAUUACAACAGUGUUAUAAUACGGAUGUUUGGAUUGGUCUUGUAUAAUUCAAUUGUUAAAUGGAGCGGUAAGAGCAAACUGGAAAAUAGAAAAUGCACGUCAUAAGGAAAAAAAAGGGCAACAGGCUGUGACCAAUUUGUCCAAUAAUAUAUUGAAAUUGGCUGAUUAAUUUUUGAAAUUACAGAUUAAAUUGUAAUCAAGAGAAAUGGAGACCUCAAUAAACAGCACCCAUAGAUUAAAACAUGACAGUGCGAAGGGGGACGUUAAUGGAAAUACCAAGAUUGAGAUUUCAGAUAACUUUUUUUUUAUCCUCUAGUCAUCAAAGACUGGUCUCUCAGUGCCCCGAAUAGCCAUCUUGUUGGCGGCAUGAAGUACCAUGAUGGAAAACUGAUUGUGCCAAUCACUGGACGGUACAAUAUCUACCUGCACGCCUACUUCCGCAGCAACGGAAGGAUCUAUGUUAAUGUGAAUGGCAAAUCGGUGACCAUGACUCAAACCCCAGGAACAAAUGGGGAAGCUACCUUACACGCUGCCGGUGUUUUCAACCUGAAAGCAGGUGACAUCAUCACCGUUAUGGCGGCUGUUCACUGCAAGCUUUAUAUGGCUUCCAUUCAUACCUACUUUGGCGCGUAUCUGAUUUAA